CAGAAGAUGAGCUACAUGUAAUGGAAGUUAAUUGCCUCUUUUUAAAUUAUUUUCGAAGGGGGUAGCGACAUUUCUAAUCAACUAAUAAUAGGGACAUCAGAAUACUUCAGCACUUAUUUAGUUCAACAACCAUUCGAAGACACAAGCAAACUUUAAUUCCAAAGUAACGGUGAACCGUUGCCUAGCAUCGAACAGAAUAUCAGCCCCAACAUCAGCCCAGUCACUGUGUUCAACUAGAAGUAACUACUGCUAAUUGACUACGGAUAUCCAGAGCCAAAGCUACGUCAUGGCCACCAAGUUCAAGACGAAAUGGAUGAUGCUUCACCAGGAGGAGAUGAGUGCCAACCCGACGCACAAGGAUGACAGUCUAACUAGUCUGCAGUGGCUACAGGGCUUUUCCAUCCCCGGUUCUGAUGCAGAAAAUGCCACCGGCUCCGGAUGUAAACAACAACAGCUGGUCCAUGUGCAGCCUCAGGGUACCGGGGAGUCGCCGGCCAGCCCCACUGCCACUAGCUCGUCUCCAGGGACAGCGUGUUCUACCCCAAGUAGCAACAGCUGCUCACCCCUGCAGAUGGAGAGCCCAGGUGAUUCCCCAAGCUUCUCCCUAGCUGAUAGAAGGAGUGGGAAGAUUGACUACAAGACCAACCAAAGCGCAAAACCGCCAUACUCUUAUGUCUCGCUCAUCUUCAUGGCCAUGCAAGAAAGCAGAGAUGGAAAAGUCACCCUCUCGACUAUUUACAACUGGAUCUCUGAGAACUUCUGCUAUUACAGGCAUGCAGACCCAAGCUGGCAGAAUUCCAUUCGGCACAACCUCUCCCUGAACAAGUGUUUCAUGAAGGUGCCAAGGCAGAUGGAUGAUGAGCCAGGAAAAGGAGGCUUCUGGCAGCUUGAUCCCGAACACGCUGACAUGUUCGCCAACGGCACCUUCAAGCGCAGACGAGCUCCUGUAUACGGCACGGCCCCAAAACUGAGCAAAUCUUUACCGAAUGCCCAAGAAUCCCGGGGAAUGGGGUACAUAUGGAAGCGCAAUCCCAGAAAACCCAGUAAAAGCCAAACAAAGGUUGAGAAAUCUCCGCUCGGUACACAGGAGACAACAACAACAACAACAACGCCGGCUGCUUUAGCCCCUUGGGCAUCUUCAGACACCUGCGAUGAUGACAGGCGGAGGCAGGCCUACGAUGACCUGGAACUGAACGCUGCUCUGCAUUCGCUCAGCAAGGAGAUGGAGGACUUCCAGCAGCCCCAGCAGCAGCAGCCCCAGCCCCAGCAGCAGCAGGGCUGGCAGGUGGCGGGCCAUGGUGCGAACUGGUAUGUGGCCAGCCCAGCAGAGGUCAGCCCCAUGGUGGAGGUCAGCCCAGUGGCCAUGGCCGAGUACCCGGCUGUCUAUCACCACCAGCAUCAACAGCAGCUGUACGGAGUGCAGAUCUCCGGCACCCCGCAACAGUACUACGGGGAGCUCACUCUGCUUGCAGAUCAGCAGCAGCAGCAGCAGCAGCAUUACUGGAACUAUAUGCGAGAGGAGAUGCAGGCGGUACCUGUCACAGUGCCUACUAGUGUCAGUCUUGUUGAGGGUGUUUACUAUGACAUGCAGUCUUGGGACAGGGUGAACCCGUAUGUGUCUGUGUAAACCGUCUGCACAGCAACACAGGGGUGACAUCUAUGGGGGGCUGCAUGUUGUUGCUUUAUUUAUAAAGUUAUUUAUGUAUUGACUGGUAAAGAAUACAAAGUACAAAGUUGUUGGUAGCAAGGGAUUGCUGAUCUGUUUAAAUAUAUUCCCAUAAAUAAGUUAUUAAACAAGAAAUGUUCAAUACUUGGGAAGAUUUUGAACCCAUUGGGAUUCCAAGAGCAAGUAUGUGAAGUACAUCAUCAGAAAGUUUCCUAUUAAUGUUUUUAAAGCUUCCAAAAUGCCCCUUUAUCCCAACUUUACGUGUACUGUUUUUUCUGUAUGUUAAUUGUUUAUUUAUAUUUAAAGAAAAGAAAAUGGUGCAAGCUUUCUGUCUUGUUAUAGGCCUAAAGAACAAUAGGCAAUAAAAUCACCAAUGACCCAUGAAAGCUGUAGAAUACAACUUUUUUUUAACCUUCAAAUUCACAAGUGAAAUUCAUUGAACUUGUCAUAUUUUAUACGUAUAUAUACUGCUUAUAUUAUGUACAGUGCAUCGUUAAUAAGACUAUUUUAUUUUUUCAUCUUUGGCUGAUUAUUUCUAGAAUAUUUCCAUACAGUUGAAGGUGGCAUUUUGCACUUUUGUAGACGCAACAAAAUGUAAGUGCUACAUUAAACAUUUCUUCUAUAUUUGACUGAA